AUGACAACUCUGCUGGACCUGAAGAGCAGUGUGCUGCGGCAGGUGCAGAGGAGCCAAUCCCUGCGGAGCAAAAGGGACCCGCCCACGCCCACCCACAGCAGCCCCCACGCACACCAACCCGAGCCGCUGUCCCGCAGGGUUUCAGAGGAGAGCGGAGAAUUCUUUGAACGCGUCAAUGGAAUCACGCAGAAGCAGGAGAACAUGCUGCGUGCCACCCAGGCCGAGAGCCAAAGGGGGCUGUGCACGGUGCCUCCACCUCAGGAACAUGUGGACCAGGCCUAUAUCCAGGAGCGGAUCAGCCGGAGUGAGCUGGAUCUACUUUACGAGGAGGUGGUGUACACUGUGGUGAACCGCGUGGGCGUAGCACCUCCAGAACAUGUGAAGAGUGACGAGGAGCUGUUUGCCUAUCUGCUGAAAGUGUUUGAUAUGGGGGAAGAGGAGCAUGAGAUCAUUCUUCAAAAAGUCCAGGAAUCUAAGCGUGCCAGCUUUUCAUUGCGAGUGUCCGUGUUGAAAGCAAAGAAUCUCAUGGCCAAGGACUCCAAUGGAUAUAGUGACCCCUACUGCAUGCUGGGUAUUCUGGAGGGUCAAAGCCCACAUGACACCGAGGAGAAGAAAGAGAGAAAGUUCAGCUUCCGAAAGAGGAAGGAGAAAUUGGAGAAGCGUUUAAGCACAAAGGAAGCAUUACCGGCGCGAUGCAUUCAGGUGACGGAAGUAAAACCGGAAACACUCAACCCGGUGUGGGACGAGCACUUUGUUUUUGAAAUUGAUGACGUCCACAAUGAUCUCCUACACUUGGACAUAUGGGAUCAUGAUGACGAUGUGUCUGUAGCUGAAGCUUGUAAAAAAUUGAACGAAAUCAGCGGCCUUCGAGGAAUGGGCAGGUAUUUUAAGCAGAUAGCAAAAUCAGUGCGCGCCAACGGUUCUGCUUCUUCAGGAUCUGAGGAGAACGCGGACGACUUCCUCGGCUGCAUCAACAUCCCUUUGAAUGAGAUGCCAGUGUCUGGUUAUGACACAUGGUUCAAGCUGGAGCCGCGUUCGAGUGCGUCCAAAGUUCAGGGAGAAUGUCUUCUAAUCUUAAAGCUCUUCACGAAUCAGAGAGACACCACUUUGUCAAAGAAGGACUCUAACGUCUCCAUUCACAGGAAAUUACUGGGUCAAAUAGUGGAGUAUGAACACACUAACAUCAAGCGUGAGCCGUACAACUGGACAGGGCAGGUGAGUCCUCCGGCCUGGACCGUGCUUACCCAUCAUGCAGUGCAGACAGACUUGUCCCCGUUGCAACAGGCCAUAAUCCGCUGGCAGUGCUACAGCAGCCAUCACCGCACUCAGAGGGUGUGCUACUCCCUGCUGCUGCGCCUCCUGAGGAGCAUCGAUGCAGAGUGGGACGCCCCCACUGUGCGGGGCGACCUGGAGAGGCAGUUGUCAGACAGCUUCAGGCUGUACACAGAGCACUGUCUGUGUCUGAUGAAGAACAUGAGGCAGGUGUUCCCCUGCUCCAGCGCAGCCGCCAUCACACGCUACGAACUCAUGCUCAGGGGGAUUGGAUACAUGCAGAACAUGCGGGCCUUUAAGACCGUGUGCCCGCUCCGAAACGAGCUCCAUCUAGACAUCACGACAGCAAUCAAGAAAGGAACUGCCGAGUGGUACGAGAGCCUUGUGACGAGACAUAAACCGGAGGACGGGACUCUGGAGGAGCAGCUUAAGAAGUUGAUCCAAAUCGUAGAUGCAGUGUGUGCGGAUGUACAGCGAGCUCAGAACAUCUACAACAAACUCUUUUACAGUGCUGUCAAAGUGGAUUUCUUCAGCAUCACAUACCGGCAACUGGAGAAACUUGUGGCAGAUGACGUGAACGUGGCCAUGGAGCGUGUGUGUGGGACUCUAGAGCAGGAGAGCUCCAGACUGACGCAGAGCAUGGGAGAAACCAUCUUUGAACUCUUCACGUCACUAAAGAUCCUCAAAGGCUUUCGAGAGUUCCUGCCUCUCAAGGACGCAAAGAUGUUGGCUCUGACAGGGUUCCAUAACUGGUUUAAGUCGUCGAUUCAUAAAUGGCUGCAGAUAGUUCACGACAGGUCAUGUGACAGGAUCAGCAAGGCGGUGGACUCGGACAAGUUGGAGACAGUGGGACUGGCCAAACACAGCUCAUCUGCCGUUGAGGUUUCUCUCUGCUUUAACCAGGUCAGAGAGAUGUGGCAGCAGAUGUCCUGGCCCGACUCCGCAGGGGCCUUCAUCUUCAUCACCAGACUGACAGACAACUUCUGCAGCGAGGCCGUGUGUUACUCCGAGAUGAUGACCCGCAAGAUUGAAAGGAGCCAGCUGGGCCGAGACCACAAAAGCUUCACAGUGCAGCUCUGCAUCGGGCUGAACAGCAUGGAGCAUGUGCGGGUGUUCCUGGGCUGCCUGCCCAAGGACCUGGACUGGUGCAAUGUGGAGAGGGCCAUGGAGGAGUCAUGUGGAGCCGAAGGGAAGGAGCAGGUCUACAAGGCUCUGAACGCACAGCUCUACAACAUGGACGUGGACCUGCAGAGGGAGGCCAAACGGCUCAUCUCUGUGCUCACCGACAAGAUGAUGCCAGAGCUGCGGAGGUACAUCCAGCACAUCAGCCUGUCUCCAGACUCUAUCAACAACGAUGAGGCUGUGUCCCCUCUAAUGAAGUAUCUACAAGACACGAUGAGCAUCCUCACUGACAGCCUGGUCAAGGAAAAUCUCACAAGGGUGCUUCAAAGCAUGUGGGAGCUGCUCCUGAGAAUGAUCCUGGAUGCAGUUUCUGAAAACAGAGGGGUCCAAAUUGAGUUUUACAACCGCUUUCAAUACACUGUUGAGACACUGCUGCAGUUCUUUCAUGCCGAGGGAGCAGGCCUCAGCGUGGAUGACAUGAAGAGCGGAGAUUUCAAGGCUCUCGAGGAGGAGCUGAAGCUGAACAAGUGCUCGUCUUUUGAGCUGAUUGAACAAUACUAUCUCGAGAAGAUUUCCCAUCAGAAAACUCUCAAACACACUCGAUUUGGCCGGAUCAGCGUCAAGUGCUACUACGAGGCUUCAGAGCAGAGACUUACGGUGGAAAUCCUUCAUGCAGCCGACAUCCUGGCACUAGACGCCAAUGGUCUGAGUGAUCCGUUUGUCAUCGUGGAGCUCUGCCCUCAUCAUCUGUUCCCGUUGGCGAAGAGCCAGCGCACCCAAGUGAAACUCAAAACACUGCAUCCUGUUUUUGAUGAGCUCUUUUACUUCCACGUCAGUCCGGAGCAGUACAGACACAGAUUUGCCUGUUUAACCUUCACUGUGAUGGACUACGACUGGUUGUCCACUAAUGAUUAUGCGGGCGAAGCCGUGGCUCCUCUCAGCGACUUCUGCUGGCCGGGCCGACCCAACGCCUCACCACAGGGCAAGACCGUGCAGCCCUCCAUCCUGCACCUGUCCCGCAGCAAACCCAGCGAGAAGCCAAUCAUGAGGAUGCUGGAUGCACGUAUCGGAGACAGAGAGGCCCAAGAGUUUGUCCGCCGGCUGAAGGAAAUUGAGAAAUCAAUGGAGAAUGAAGAGUGA